AUGGUACAAUUAUCUGCGCAAACCACCAUGCGCUCACAUAACCAAACGUUUAGACGCUGCCAGAUGAAGCGUUUGGAAGAGCCUCAAAGCCUCUCUCACUACACAAUGACAAGUAAGGAGUGUCACGACACAUCUUCCUGCUCUGCCCGCUCUAUACAGAAUGCUAGGCCUCGUCGCAAAUGCCCAGUACUCCAGUAA